GUUGCGUAAGGUAAAACACCUAUCAGGAAGGUCUCUUGCUGGAGACCCUGGUGAGGAAAGGGUGUAGCAGUGAGUACUCAAGCAGUGGAGCAGCCACCAGGUGACGCUGGCCGGGCAAGGACACACUGCCUCACUCAUUGUCUGGGUUGUGAGCAAGACCUGAUGAGGUGGCCUGGCACAGGAUACUUCAACAUACCACCCAGACAAAGAAUCGAGAGACUUGUUCCACCCCGUUGAGGCCGAGGAAGGGAAGAUGUCUAUCACCAAUUUCGAUUCCGUUUUCGAGUUCGUCGGAGGGUUCGGCCCCUACCAGAUGAUCUUGUUUGCAGUUGAAUGCAUCACCUGCUUAUUCUUCACCUUUGUGUACUGCGGCCAGAUCUUCAUGACCUUGACCCCACCUCACUGGUGUCGAACCCCAGCGGAUCUUGAUCUCAACCUGACCAUUGACCUCAACCUGACCCAGGACGAGGUGAAGGAGCUAACUAUUCCUAGGGACGAAACGACUGGAAAAUAUCUCCAGUGUGUUAUGUACGAUGUGGACUUCAGUGAGAUUGUGAUGAACAACAGCAGCUGGCCUAAUUCCAGCUGGCCCACCACCAGCUGCACUAAUGGCUGGACCUAUGACUACUCCCUCUAUUAUCCAACCAUCACCUCUCAGCUGGACUGGGUGUGUGAUGAUGACUGGCGACCAACAGUCUGCCAGUCAGUGUUCUUUUUGGGGUCGCUCCUGAUCACGCCCUUCUUCGGAUGGGCGGCCGACAAGUGGGGUAGACUGCCCAUUAUUGUUUUCACUAACGUUCUUGGGGGAGUGGCUGGCGUCAUCUCCGCAUUCUGCACCUCCUUUGUCACUUUCGCCGUCUCGAGGUUCAUCGUUGGUAUGACUUUCGACACCCAGUUUAUGGUCACCUUCGUUCUUUUACUGGAGUACGUCUCCAGCGAGUACCGGACAGUAGUAAGUCACAUUCCAGUGGCCUUCUUCCUAACACUUUCAAUGGCUGCUAUCCCCUGGCUGGCCCUGGCGAUCGCUGACUGGUCCACCUUCGCUGUCAUUAUCCACGCUCCACAGCUCAUCAGCAUCAUUUUCAUAUGGUUGUUACCGGAGUCAGCUAGAUGGCUCAUCAACCAAGGAAGAAUUAAGGACACCCUAAAGAUCCUACAACGAGUAGCCAAACUGAACAAGAAAACACUUUCUCCUGAAUUUAUUGAAGAUUUCAACGUGUACGGGGCGUCUCAGCAGACCAAGGAGGGAGAGGCCAACACAAUAGACCUGCUCAAGACACCGGUCCUAAGGCAGCGCCUUGUCAUCCUCUGCAUCUGCUGGAUGGUGUGCGCUCUUGCUUACGACGGCCACAUGAGGAACACUCAGAACAUCGGCAAUAACACGUUCGUGUCCUUCUCCCUGGGCGGCCUGGUGGAGGUACCAGCGGACCUGCUCACCAUAAUGCUUUUGGAGAAGAUUGGUCGUCGAUAUUCCACUGUCCUAUCUCUGAUCCUGGGCGGCCUGGCUUCCUGCGUCAUCGCCACCAUACCGGAAG